AUGAUCGAUGCGCUGCGUGCCAGCCACGCACGUCGGCCCAAGUUGGCGAAGGUGCUGUCAGAGUCCACCUUCAUGCAGGGCAGGCGGCCGCAGCAGGAAGAUCGGCACGUGAAGAUCCCGGACCUGACGAAAGCUGCCAAGGCGCUGAAGAUGCCGAUCGACCACCUGGAGCAGCCCUGCGCAUUUCUGGCCGUGUAUGACGGGCACCGUGGCCCUCUCUGUGCGGAGUUCGUCGCCAAGUCCUUGCAUCUGAGACUCCUGAAGCACCUGACCCAGACGACCACAAAGAGCAGCGAGGAGAUUGGUUUGGCACUGAAGACGACGUGCCAGGAGUUGGACGAAGAGUUUCUGGCCAAGCACCGUACUGCGGUCGAUGGGUGCACGGUGGUUAUGGCGCUUCUGACAGGAAGUCUCCUGACCGUCGCAUGGCUUGGCGAUUCCCGCGCGCUUCUGUGCAGAAGCACUUCCGCUGGGGGCGUUGCAACGGUCCCUCUCACGCAGGACCAUCGACCGAGUGCCUCAGCAGAGGCAGAUCGGGUACGAGAAGCUGGCGGCAUGAUCGUAAACUUCGACGGAGCCAAGCGAGUGGCGCACGCUGGGUUUGACAAUCAGAUUCGCGAGCUUCGAAGGGCGAAGGCUGCCGGGCUUGGUGCCGUGGGUCGACCCCCGGUGGCCCUGGCAGUGACACGGGCCUUGGGAGAUCGUGACUUCAAGGUGGACAAGCCCUUGCUGAUUGCGACGCCCAGCGUCCGAAGCUUUGAGCUGGAUGCCUCUGUGCACUUCAUUGCGCUGAUGUGUGAUGGAAUCACGGAUGUUCUCAGCAACGAAGAGAUCAUCUUCGAACUGGACUUCUUGCGGGAUGCGGCAGACGCAUCAGCCAAUGCCCGGAAAGCCUGUGGUGACUUGGUGCAGAAGGCGUAUUCUCGUGGAAGUCAAGACAAUUUGACAGUCGUCAUGGCCUUCUUUGAGUGGGAGGGCGAGAAGCGGAGCUCGGGAGCUGUGGGUCCGGUCGAGGUGCCACCAUCGAAACGGGCUCGCUCAGGUCAGAGCAGCUCUCCGGCAAAUGCUGCAUCAGCAGGAGGUUCGGGCGGGCAUGACAAGACGGGCAUUCUCUUCUCAGCAGCUGGACCACCUCAGUGCGAUGCACAUUUUUCAGAGAUCGACGCAGCUGUGGACGUGUCAGCUGGAAUGCUGGAUGCGAUGGCGGUUGCUGCCACCCCGCCUGUGAAUUAUCCGCGUGGCGAGCCGCCAACACGAUGUGCGGAGUGCGGGAACGUCCUUGUCGAUGCCCUGGUUCUGUCCUGCGGCCACGACCUGUGCCUCACCUGUGCGGCCAGUGCUUUGCGCCAGACGCGCUCGCUGAGCGGCCGGACGGUGCGAUGCCUGCUCUGCCCUAGCAUCACAGAGCUGUGCGAGGAAGCAGUUGCAGCCUUGACGGAGCAGAAACUCGAGAACGGUGGCUUGCAACCUCAGCUGCUAACACAGCCACAGGCCUGCUCUAUCUGCUCUUCGUGGAUUCAGCCGCCAGGUGCACGCAGCGGCACAGCUAUGUACCCGCCUCGAAUACCGAACGAACGAACCGCGCCUGGGUUGCGGGAGGCUGAGAGCCCUCACAGCCAGGAUGGCUCAGCACAGCGGGGCAUCACAAAAGCGGCCCUCGCACGGCCCCAUCAGGUGUCGUCGACCUCAGUCAGCCCGGUCCAGUGGCAAAGAACACCGGAACCGCUGGCUGUGGAGCCGAGUCGCCCGUCGGGACGAACAGUCCAUAUCUACAGGUGCCCAGAGCAUCCGGAAGAGCCAGCCACUUACUUCUGUGCAACCUGCGAGUGCCUUUGCAUCUGCGCUGAAUGUGUGAUUCAAAAGAAUGGCCGGCACCGCGAUCAUGAGGUCUUGCGUGUGGCAAAGGCACACGAGGUUCUGAAGUCCAGAGCCGGAGCGCUGCUUGAUGAGGCAAUCGCCCUCGAGGAUGAUUUCUCCAUGGUCGGAGACCGACUGGCCUGGCGAAGAAAGGACAUUGAACGCGCCGCAGCGCGCGGGCGCGCAAGCGUGCGAAGCGCCUUUGCACGAGUCCGAGCUCAACUGAAUGAACGAGAAGCCGAACUACUGGAGUCCCUGGAUGCUUACGAGACCGGCUCUCUGUCUCACAUUGACACAGGACACUCCGAAUAUGGCAGCCGGCUCAAUGAAUUGCGGAAGCUGCAGGAGAAUCUCCGAUCCCGCUGCCGCAACGACGGAGAUGCUGUUGAGGCGCUGAAUACGUUCUCAACUGCAAAGGCUGCCAUCACGAGCCUCAGGGAGGCUUUUCGCCAG